AUGUCCGAACCCAAUCGCCCAGAUUUCCGAGAGAUCGACAUUCAGCUGCUCCAGACAGGAAACCUCGCCGAUGGCACUGUCAAGUGUAAAGGUCGCACUUGGAAGGUGCACCGCAUGCUGCUGGCAUCGAGAUUGAACUUCUUCAAGGGCGCCUUCUACGGUUCAUUUGUGGAGGCAACAACUGGAGAAAUCGACUUCCCUGAGGCUGACCCUGAUUCGGUCGACAUCAUGCUGCGGCACCUCUAUGGUCAAGGCCUUUAUGUCAAUGACCUCAAGACUCCCCUUCUCUGUGUUCGCUGCUGGAAACUGGCCGACUACGUGCAGCUCGAAACGCUCAAGUCUGUGGCGAUGUCGUCACUGGGAGAGCAUCUCAAUGCGAUGGCCUUUCUUUCUACCAAUGGGUGGCUUGAACGAGACAAACCAAGAUGGUUGAGUCACUUCUUUGACGCCUUUCAAGAAGUGUGUACCGACAUAGUUGCAGCGCCACUCCGAAUCGUCUUCGUUUCUUUCCUCUGGGUAACCCGAAUCGACACGGGUCUACUGCCGCAGACGUUGGACAUCCUGAAGAAGCAUCCUCGUGUCAACAGAAGCCUUCUUCAACUCUUGAUUUACGGAAAAUUCAAGAACAGGCCAACCUGGAUUCCUGACAUCAUUAAUAUCGAACGGAUCAUCCACAACAACAUGGAGAUCACGAUUAAGGACGAGGCCAUCUGCUCCAAGUGCCGCUUGAGGGUCAACACCUGUAACGAGCCGAUAUUUUACAACCCUUUCCCGGCCUCCCUAUCAAAUAUUGGGACUCUGUUGUGGUGUAAAGUGUGCGUUGCUACUGUACUUGAAUUUCGGACCUGGCCUUGGCGAACCAAUGGGUUGAGUGACGGGGCCAAAGCCAAAGUGGAAACAUGGUCCUGGGUCGGUGGUAAACAGGACCAGCAGCAUUGA